AUGUCCAGUGCCGCAGCAUUAGAGACAACUUCACUCCUUCCUGUUCAAUCCAACACUCGUCACACAAGCGAAGAAGAAGAAGAAACUAUGAGCAGCCAACUGUUCUGGAGAGUCGGGGCUGUCUUUGGUGCCGCCGCCGUCGGCCUCGGAGCUUUCGGAGCUCACGGUCUGAAGAAUCGCAUAUCUGAUCCCGCAAAGAUUGCUAGCUGGUCCACCGCUGCACACUACCAGCUCGCUCACUCUGUUGUCCUGCUCAUCGCUCGCCAGAACCCCAUCGCGUCCGGCCUCUUCACCGCUGGCAUGACCAUGUUCAGUGGCAGCAUCUACGCACUCAUUCUCAAUCCCGACCUUAAGUUCCUUGGCCCUGUCACCCCGCUUGGUGGACUUGCUCUCAUUGCCGGAUGGCUGGCGCUCGCCUUUACGAAGGCCCGCUUCGGGCUUCGUGUCUGA